CUGUUUCAUACCACCAUCACCACUACUGGUUCUGUACUCCUGGGCUCUGGUUCCUGUGUUUUUCAAAACCAAAAUAACUAUUACUGCAACUACCAGUCCGACCACCACCACCGACUGAGUUUUCGAGACUCAUAAACAAAGUAAUUACCAAACCCUAGAAAAGAUGAGAAUAUCAUGAGCAUUCCCUGAAUUUUGAAUGGAAAACCCGCCUCAAACCCAAUUAUGUCCUAGCGGAUUCUCCAAUUACGCCUGCUUUCGGAUCCUUCGCUUCUACCUAUUCUUCUCCGGGGGUUGAGCCACACACAUACGAAGUGACAGAGAAACUUCCGUUUUGGUCUAUAUUUUUGGUUUUUUUUUUUUAACGGAGACUUGUUAGAAAGAUAGAUAGAGAGUCGGAGGGAGAGACUGGGAUCAGGGAGAUGGAUAGUUCUGGAUCGGGUGCGGCGGAUUGUGGCGUGGGGUCGAUCGUUUGGGUGAGGAGAAGGAACGGGUCGUGGUGGCCGGGGAAGAUAAUGAGUGCCGACGAGCUGGAAACUUGCCAUCUCACCUCGCCACGAUCAGGGACUCCGGUCAAGCUUCUUGGAAGGGAAGAUGCUAGCGUGGAUUGGUACAAUCUAGAGAAAUCUAAGCGUGUGAAGGCAUUUCGAUGUGGUGAAUUUGAUGAUUGUAUUGAAAGGGCUGAAUCCUCCCAGUGCAUGCCAAUCAAGAAAAGAGAGAAAUAUGCACGGCGUGAAGAUGCAAUACUUCAUGCACUUGAACUUGAGAACCAACAAUUGAGAAAACAAGGAAAAUUAGAUUUAGCUUCUGAUAACACAAGAAGUAAACCAUCUGGUUCAGUCAAGGAGUCAGCCACAUCUUCAGAACGUUUGAGAAAUAGUAGUGGAAAACCUGGGAGUUCUAAAUCUACUCAAAUUUCAAAAAGAGUGGAUACAGCUGUCAAGGAUGAGAUUAUCAGCAACCCUUCCUUUCCUCAAAAAGCAAAAGAUGGAAAUCUACCAUCAUGGGAAGAUGAUCAUACUGAAGUCACACCUCGAAUGCGAGGUUCGCAGGACUUCGGGCUUAGGACUGCCUCUUUAAAGUGUAAACUUUCACCUUCUGUUUCUUCAGACGCCUCUCAGAAGCGUCCAGAUGAUCACUCUCAAUCUCCUCCUGGGGCUUCUAACAUGGGCAGAACAGAUACUGCAAAUGGAACCGAUCAAACACAAGCCGGCUUUCGGGCAAAAAGAAGCAAGGGUCCUUACUUACCAGACUCAUCUAGUGAUUAUUUGGACUCUAAGGAAGUUCCUUCUGGCCACAUUGAGAUGUCAGCUUCCCAACUCGGAGAUGAUGAUGGCCGUCCUCAUCCUGAUUCCCCGGCAGAGGAGAUCGGUUCGAAAUUAUUGGAAGCUGUUGAAUCUGAUUCUACAGAAUCUGAUACGUCUGAAUCUGAGACUGAUUCUUCCGAGACUGAACCGGAUAUCAAUGAGACGACUGUUCAUUCAGAUUCUGCUGCACCUACAGUAUCAGAAUUGCACCCUCUGGGACUACCGGAAGCACCAGGAGAGCAUGGAGGCACAAGUAGUGAGGAGCCAGAUGAGUCAGAACUUUCAGGCGACAUGUCUCAGCUAUAUCCUGAUGAUGUUUUUCUUGCUAAUGAAGCAGUGUCCAAAUGGCAAUUGAAGGGGAAGAGGAACAUUCGCAAUUUUACAAAGAAGUCUUUGGAUAUUGCUGGUGGAAAAGGGUUCAAUGGAUCCAUUUAUGGAAUGAACCGGACCAAGUUCAGGCAACGAAUGUCUGGGCAGAGUUUGAGAUUCCAAGGAAACAAUUAUUUUGAUGAUGGUAUUGAUGAGGCUGAUUUUGAUGAGAGGGAUUUUGGGACCCAAAUGGUAGGCUCGUAUAAUAGAGGUUCUUCUUAUGCAUCAAUGUCUGUCCCCACGGGACGAAAUAGUAUGGGUCGUACUAUGGUUGAUUGGGAUGACCAGACUUGGGAGAAUCUUUCGCCUUGGCAAGGUCAAUGGGAGGAUAGCAGGGAGCGUUUUGAUGCAACAUUUAUUGGUAGUCAUCAUUUAGGUGGAAGGACGAGAUCCACCUUAUUUGAUGUAGAUUUGAAGGUGCAAGCAAGCUAUCAAAAAGAACAUGUCCCUAUUGUCUCUCUUAUGAGCAAGUUAAAUGGAAAGGCAAUAAUAGGUCACCCCAUCCAAAUUGAGGUUCUAGAAAAUGGCUCUGCGGAAAAUCUUCUUUCUACGACUGCUCAUUUUGAAAAUGGAACGACUGAGCCUGAUGGAAAUACAGUACUUCCACAAGCAUGGAAAACUGCUAGGAGGACCAGCUUUCGGGUCCCACGAGCUCUAUCAUCGUCACUGGAUUGUGGAGAUGCUGACGAUGGUGAAAGCAGACCACAAUUCAAGAAAUCCAAAUCUGGGAGUUUUAAUAAAAACACCAGCCUGUUUGUGAGGACACUUCCUCAGAUUUCCCAGCCUCCAGCAGAUAGGAAGAGAGCAAGAAAGCCAAUGAAGAAAGUUACCUUAUCUUCUAGUCGGAAGACAAGAACUCUGUCGUCAAUUGCUACUGAGCAACAUCUCGUUAAGCCACUACAUCGGCUGCUUAAGCCAGAAUCAUCUGGUCCCCCAACAGUGGUUUGCAUUCCUGUCAAGUUAGCAUUUAGUCGGUUACUUGAAAAGAUCAAUAGGCCACCAUCGAAAGCAGCUAGUAAGGUGGUUUUUUCAAAUAAUGAUGCAGAGAGGCAACCAUCAUAGGAUACCUGUAAUUAUUAUAUGGGAAUACUAAUCCUGUUAAUUCAACAAUUGGUGCCCCUUUACUUUUUCUGACAAUGGCAUUAUCUGCUGGAGCCUGUGCACACAUUGACAGCAUGGCCAGGGUAAGACGGCUUUCUUUUUGGAAUAAUCUUGCGCCAGGUAAGAGACUAUACUCUGAAUGUGUCGAGGUUGCGGAAAAGUGAAACAAUUGCAAGAAGCUGUAGUUAGGCAGGAAAGAAAAGAAAUUGUGGAAGUAGAGUAGUUUGGGAUUGAAGUAGCUUGAUGUGUGUAUACAUAUAUAUUUUCGGCUAUGUUUUCAUGUAUUUCAAGCCUUCUUUUUUCAUUAAAUACUAAUGUAAAGUAUAUAGUGGGACUCAAGGUAGGGGAAUACCGGUGCUAGGCUUCUUCUUGGACGAUCUUUGAAAACUUGUAAUUCAGUUGGGUAGGCAAGAGUUGGUCUGUUGCUUUUGAGCAUAUAAAAUACUCUUGGAAGAACAUUGAUGAUUAUUUGGGAUGAUAUGCAAAUUCUGAACUACUAGGUCCAUUUCAUUA